AUGCCAACGGGCCAACUGUUAUAUGGAAGUAGAUCAUCCCAAUCAAACUCAUUGCCAUCAUCUGCCUCAGAUUCUUCAUCACAGAUAAACUCGCCAUAUAUCUUGGAUUCAUCAUCCGCAGCUUUAAGAUUAAAAUUGGUUAUUGAAAUUAAGAAUGAGAAGUACAAAGAAGCGUUGUGUAAACUUUUAGGCGAGUUGGAAACGAGCACUGCAACAACCCUUAUCAAUUUAUCCUAUGAAGCUACGAAAGAAUCUAUUCAUUAUCUCGUCUCAGCAACUUUCCCGUUUAAAAACCAAAUAAAAAUACCUGAGAAAUUGAUUGAAGGGGAAAACGGCCACCAUACAGAUGGAACUUCACUAUCUCGCAAACGUAAAGCAAACGAAAUAGACGACGAGUGUGAGUGUGAUAUUGGAAUUGUAGCGGAAAAAUGGUAUUUCAUGGAAUGGACGCUGGACAGUGAAGGGAAACCAUCGUUUAAAUUAUCGAAGAUUCUAUCUGUCAGAUGUGGGUAUGAAGAAAGACAUGACGGAAAAAAUCCUUGGUCAUAUUAUCUGGAGGCACAUAAGCCGUUGGAAGCUUCUCAAAGUAGAGAGCAAUCAAGGGAAAUAACAAGGAUAAGGUCAUUGAGUAAUCGUGCGAAAAACUCGAAUUUCAUGUAUCAUGCAUUCUUUUGUAUUUAUUUUUGA